AUGAGUAUGUUGAGAUUGUGUUUAAAAACAUCAAUGUUGAAUAAAAAUAAUAUUGGUCGAUUUGGUGAAUUUCGAAUGAUUCAUCAACGACCAGUUGAAUUUAAACGUAAAAAACAAGAUUACAAUUUAGUGUCAAAUAAUUUUCAAAGUCAACAAGAUGAAAAAGAUAAAAUAGAUGCAAUUGGAUAUACAUUAUUAGCAAUACCAAUAAUAUCAUUUAUGUUGGGUACAUGGCAAGUUAAUAGAAGAAAAUGGAAAUUGAAUUUAAUUGAAGAUUUGAGUAAACGAAUGAAUUCACCACCUCAAGAAUUACCAGAAGAUUUAAGUCAACUUAAAAAUCUUGAAUAUUGUCCAAUAAAAGUUAGAGGUGAAUUUUUAUAUGACAAAGAAUUUAAAGUUGGACCAAAAAGUUUAAUUGUCGGUGGUGCUGGAGUUACAGAAAAAGGUGGUGGUGGUGGUUUAAUAACAAGUGGUGGAUCAACUGGUUAUUGUAUUGUAACACCAUUUAAAUUAGAAAAUCGUGAUACUAAAAUAUUAAUAAAUCGUGGUUGGAUUAGAACAAAUGGAAAAGGUAAUAAUAUAUCUGAAACAAAACUUGCUCAUAUUCCUGGUAUUCAUGAAAUAACUGGAGUUGUUAGACUCAAUGAAAAAAGAUCACAAUUUAUGCCUAAAAAUACAAAAGGUAAUUGGGCAUACAGAGAUCUCAAUGCAAUGGCUGAAAUUGCUCAAACUGAACCAGUUUAUUUAGACAUGAUUGCCAGUGAUGGUGUACCUGGUGGACCAAUUGCUGGACAAACAAGAGUUACAUUAAGAAAUGAACACACAAGUUAUAUUAUAACAUGGUAUACACUAUCAGCACUAACAACAUGGAUGUGGAUAAGACAAUUUAUAAGAAAAUUGCCUCUUUUAUAAUAUAAUAAUAAUAAUAAUAUUGUAUUAUGUUUCUUAUUGUAUUAUUAUUAAUAAAUAAAUCAUCAUCAUCAAAGUUUUUAUUACAACAUUUGAAUUUU